AUUAUAAUGCAAGAAGCCCCCUUUUUAACCACAAACCGAAUUUUCUUUCAUUUAGGUGAUCUAUAUAUGUCUAUAUCGUAUAGCUUAUAGCUUAUAUCUAUUUUAAAUAACUUAAAGCCGCUAAAAUUUGGGGGGGAACAGCUUUCGCCCUGGAGCGGUGCGCGAUGUUGUCUCACGCCGACCUCCUGGACGCCAGGCUAGGUAUGAAAGAUGCCGCCGAGCUUCUAGGUCACCGGGAGGCGGUGAAGUGUAGGCUGGGCGUGGGGGGCUCCGACCCCGGGGGCCACCCGGGCGACCUAGCGCCCAACUCCGAUCCGGUCGAGGGAGCCACUCUGCUGCCCGGGGAGGACAUCACCACUGUGGGCUCGACGCCGGCCUCGCUGGCAGUGAGCGCUAAGGACCCGGACAAGCAGCCGGGGCCCCAAGGAGGCCCGAAUCCCAGCCAAGCCGGCCAGCAGCAGGGCCAACAAAAGCAGAAGCGUCACCGGACGCGCUUCACUCCGGCGCAGCUCAACGAGUUGGAGAGGAGCUUCGCCAAGACUCACUACCCGGACAUCUUCAUGCGCGAGGAGCUGGCGCUGCGUAUCGGGCUGACCGAGUCCCGAGUGCAGGUCUGGUUCCAGAACCGCCGCGCUAAGUGGAAGAAGCGAAAGAAGACCACCAACGUGUUCCGCGCGCCGGGCACGCUGCUGCCCACGCCAGGCCUGCCUCAGUUCCCAUCAGCCGCCGCCGCCGCCGCCGCCGCCAUGGGCGACAGCCUGUGCUCUUUCCACGCCAACGACACCCGCUGGGCGGCGGCCGCCAUGCCGGGCGUGUCACAGCUGCCGCUGCCGCCAGCGCUCGGCCGGCAGCAAGCCAUGGCGCAGUCGCUGUCCCAGUGCAGCCUGGCGGCGGGGCCGCCGCCCAACUCCAUGGGCCUAUCCAACAGCCUGGCGGGCUCCAACGGCGCGGGGCUGCAGUCCCACCUCUACCAGCCCGCCUUCCCCGGCAUGGUGCCCGCCUCCCUCCCCGGCCCCAGCAACGUCUCCGGCUCGCCCCAGCUCUGCAGCUCCCCGGACAGCAGCGACGUGUGGCGGGGCACGAGCAUCGCCUCCCUCCGCCGCAAGGCACUAGAGCACACAGUCUCCAUGAGCUUCACUUAAUGCAGCCGCGCCAGGCCCGCUCCGCCCCCGGCACCGCCCCCAGGGCCGCCCCGAGGCCCUUCCCGCGGGCGCCCGGGGCCCCGCUCCCUGCCCGGGCCCCUGCCCGCGCGCCCUGUCCCGUCCCAGCCCCGGCCUCCGCCACUUCUCGUUUUGUCCUCUCCUCCACCGGCUCGGGCUCACCCCAAGCCCCAGCUUACGAGGCCUCCCCUCCGCCUGAUUUCGCACGCCCCGGUCCCCCGCCCCGGAGUCCGUCUAACCUUGUCACCCAGCUCCUCCCUCCGCCCCAUCUCUAGCGCCUCACCCCACCCUUUCCGCUACCCGGGUCUCUCCGCUAGCACUUAUUGUGCUCACGCUCUCUUCCCGGCCUUCUGACUGGCGUCGUUCCCACCCACACCUUCAACACGACGCCCACGAUCCCCUCGCCCGCCACCUCCCCUCUGGUCCCUUCUUUCCCCACGCCCCUCCCCCCGCGCCCUGCAAAAAGCAUCCUUCCCGCCAUUUUACUUACCAGGGAGUCGACUCAGGAUCUGAAAUCAGACACCAAUGGACUGGUUUGUGGGCAGAAACACACACAUUCGCACUCUCGCUCACUCUCAAAUACGACGCACGCACACACACGCAUACACAUUGCUCCUAGGUCACACACGGACGUAUUCAAGGGACAGCACAAUGUUAGGGAUUUUUGUCUUAAAGGAGGACAAGCAUCUGCUACCAACCGCCUCAUCUGAGGGCCCAACUGAUGUGAUUUGAUUUACCCUUAUAUUCUUUCUCUGAAUUCUUUCUUUCCUUUUCCACCACCCUACCCUUCCCCUGUCAACCUAGUCACAUCCAUGCAACCGUCUUAUUGGCUUGCACCAGAAUGCGUUUAUUUUACCUUUUCUUAAGCACAACUGUGUAAGUUUAUUGAAGGGAAGGCUUCUCAGGAGGAACAUGCCAGUGGAUUGGGUGGCUGGAGUAGACUAAGCAGUCAUAUGAUGAAGAGGUGAUCUUACCCAUUUUGAUAAGUCUUUAUAAGAAAGAAUAAAAUAAACAUGUAAGAAAAAUUUCCUUUCGUAAAAGCAAAAGCCACAUCUCUUUUCUGGAUCCUUCAGGACUGGGGUUGGUUUGCUUCCUUUUCCGUUUCUCCUUGCUGCUCUGUGCCCUUGGUUGUUUUGUGGUCGUCCUGUCGUCCCUCGUGUCCCUCGGCCACCGCCCUGGCCCCUGCCGGCCGCCGAUGGGUGCACCUGGACAUCUACAACCCUGCAACUUUGUACAGAGAAACACAAUCAGCUCUUUCUGCAUGUGCUGGUCAAAUCCAAACCCAGAGAACAGAAGCGCUUUCGAAGAAUGAACAAACAUGUGAAAUAGGAUGUUUUGUGUAGAUAAAGCAUUCUUGUUACAUACUGGUCAAUUUGUGAUAUGUUUUAACUUAUUGUCUGUGCUUAUUUAUGGAAUUUGGUUUUCUUAAUAAAUGUUUGAGCUAAUAUAAAGCAUAUUGAUUUUUCCGGACAAGUUUAUAUCAAGUUAAAUGUAAAUGGAUAAAAUAAAAUCAUUUUCAGUAUGUGA